CGUUUUUAUAUCAUUUCUCCCCCACCUCCAUGUCUCUUAGACCUUCUGAAAGCCCGCCGACGCCAACUCAUCCCGAGGCUGAUACUAGCAUCGAAAACAUUCAAGGCACCAUUGAAGAUGACGACUUUGAUCUCAAUCCAGAUCUUGAUGAGGAGGAAUUGCAAGAAAAUAUCGCCAAUUUUGGUUGUCACGCCAUAGUUGCUCCACCUAGUGAAACACCGCCACUCACACAAGACUCGGAAUUUGAAGCCUCUGAGUGGGAAGACCAGGUCUUCUCGCCCCCUCCGGCCAGUACGCUCAACGAUUCUGCGACCGUCCUUCCGUCAUUGAAAUUUUGUACCACAGAUGUAACCCAGAAUAACGCCCCCGUCUUGUCUACCGCGCAGCAGAGCAAGUUUAUUUACUACUUGGAUAACCAAUUGCUUCUGGUGCAACGAAAGUUCAUCCAGCAGUUCAAUGACCCAUCGGCAUACAAUCUACCUGCAUUAAUCCUGGAUUUAAACCGAAUCGUCAAUCUAGUGUGGUUUUCACUCAAUGCAAACACGCCCAAACUCUUUGGGCAAGACGAGUACCUCAUCAAGAUCACAGGCGACUUACAGGAGUAUUUAACUAAGUUGCAAAUAACUCAGCACAACAUACGCUUGUUGCUUGCCUUUUUGGUCGAUUUGGACGAAAAGUUGUCGUACUUGGUCGACGGAUACAUCGUUGCCACUGGUGAAACAGUCACGCUUACGGGAACCGAGCGCGUGCGAUUGAACGGGAUCUGUUUGGGACUUCGGGUAAUUGUGAUCUCAGCCCACCAAAAGAACGGAAUAAAGGGCUACCGCGAGGAGCUUGGUCAGUUGUUCACCGGGGUUCUAGACCGAACUUCGUAGGAUGGAUGCAAAUAUAACGCAAAAUGUCCCCUGACCAAGUCUGGGUUUCUUUGUUUGGAGAUUUUGUUAGGUAUGAACUAUGUGCGUCAUUGACCGUUUUUAAACACCCUAGACUCCAAAUACAUUCCGGCAUUUACAAUGCAUCAAACAGUGAAGUAUCGGUGAAGCAACGGGUCAAGGUAACUGCCGGCCCCUCAGUUUUAUUAUACGCUUUGGUUUUACUGUAUUUGGUCCUAUCUCCGAACUACUAUUAUUGUCUAUUGUCAGUCGCUAUAAAAAUGAAUUCCACAUGGGAAAAGUCGCCCCAGCGGCUCUCUCAAUGGCAGAAGCCACACCUGCAGAUGCGAGAUUGAAGCGCAUCACGCACGUCAUUCUUGGAGUAGGCGCGCACUGUGGCGUGAACUUUUGGUAUCUGCAAUUCAGCUACCAACUUUUCAAUAAAUAU